CUACCCGCACUGGGGUCGGUGUGUCGUUGAUAACCUCCACCUCCACACUAUUAGUAUCUCCUCAGAUAGCGUCAUGGCGGACUCUCAGCGACGAUUCGUCCCAGCCAAGAAGAUCCCGACGGACUAUCCGUUAAUUGAUAGUGACCCACAUUUUAAACGAGUUCUCAGAUAUGCUCGUCCAUCGGAUUAUGCUGUUGGAGCGGCGACCUUCGCCUUUGGUCCAGCACUCAUGCUUCUUUGGGAAAAGAUUUCACCUUCUUAUGUUGGGAGAGGGGGGUUCGCCCCGAUCAUGCGGCUGACGUGUGCCGUUUCUGCUGGCGCCGGCUUCUUGAUACAUUACCAAAGAUCCAUUUUGCGGUUUUACGGCUUUACAGAAAAUAAGCGGGAGGUGGACAUGGACAUGCGUGAAAUGGUGGACAAGGUCAAGAAAGGCGAACCUCUAUAUGGUACUUCUACCUUAUCACCAUACAUGCAAGGAGCUGCAUCACGCAAUUCGCGAUACUCGGGUCUUUUCCUCCAUGUCCUUCCUUGGUUCAAUUUCGUGAACCACGACCAACAUGGUGUUGACACCGCAAAAUACUACCAGCAAGCUGAACGCGAAUUGGAAGCGGAGCAAAGCGGCAGAAAUCCGUAAUCUAGCUUGAAUGGUCCCUGAGUUUGGAGGUGUUGAAGAUACAUGUUAAACGCAUCGACCGCCAGACCUUUCCCUCCUCUUCUUAAUCCACCUCUACAGAGCAUCGUUCAUUCAUGUACAACGAAAGGGUGCAAUACCAGCGAAAAUAAAUUAUGCUGAAAUUUUUGCAAUUCUUGCCUUGUUAGCAAUUUCAUAUUUGUUGUACUGUAAGGAUAAGCUGUUAACGAUUGCAGCCAUACGUGCUUUGCUUUGUUUCGUUAAAUUGUGAACGAUGAGAGGAGUAGGACUUAGAUGCCCCCGAAAAAUAUAGCUAGUUGACAGCUCUACUCUCCUCACCAAGCUAGACUCGGCGAGCGAGAGUUUCAGGGUUCAUUAAACUAAGGAACAGCUCAGCGAUG